AUGAACAAACAGUCUCAAGUUGCCGUUAUUAUACAACGAGACGCAGAAGACCAUCAGCUAACUUCCGGCUCCUUAGCAUAUCGAAUUGAGAAGAAAGUAUUAUCAAAGGUAUUCACCCGUAAUCUUAUGAAACACUUUGCCAACGAUACGGUGACAUGCUUUUUUGACGACUUAUAUGACCUUCUGGAAGACUACUAUGGAAAAACAGUUGCUGAAAAGGUGAUAAAGGAUCUGAUAAAGUUGGUUAUAAAACUUGGCAUAACAGAACGAAGCGAUCAUUUUACAGCGGAUCAACAGAAGCAGCUAGAUCAAAUACGGAUUCAUUUACGGAAUCUUUGUUUAACGGUAAUCUCGUUCGUAAACGUAUCAUUCUCAUAUAACCGGGAUUACCUACAGUCAUUGUUCAACGAUCUCUACACAUCACUCAGAUCUGUUGUCGAGACAACGCUAAGUGAAAAAUCUGUACGUCGCGUAAACCUCGUUUACGAAUACCUUUCAAAGGAAGAAUUCACGAAUGAUAUGUUCAAAAAUGGUGUUAACGAAAAGCUGAGGAAAGUCAUUGUUGAUUUAGACGGCUUGCUCGUUCAACAAAACAUUUAACC